AUGUUGCGGCGUUUGAUUCCCUCAUAUUAUUCUCAUCUUGUCCGUUUCCGUUAUCCUUUUAGCGCUUCCUACCCUUCGUUAACUUUCAGCAAAAUGGUGGCAAUCAAGGACAUCACUGCACGUCAGAUCCUCGACUCCCGAGGAAACCCGACCGUUGAGGUCGAUCUGUUGACCGAUGGCGGCUGCUUCCGCGCCGCCGUUCCCAGCGGUGCGUCGACUGGUAUCUACGAGGCUCUCGAGCUCCGUGACAAGGACCAGAGCAAGUUCUUGGGCAAGAGUGUGAUGAAGGCCGUGGAGAACAUCCACAAGGUCAUCAAGCCGGCGCUCAUCGGCAAGGACCCGUGCGACCAGAAAGGCAUCGACAAGCUCAUGGUCGAGGAGCUGGACGGCACCAAGAAUGAAUGGGGUUGGUGCAAAUGCAAGCUCGGCGCGAACGCGAUCCUGGCUGUCUCCAUGGCGUGCUGCCGCGCCGGCGCCGCUGCCAAGGGCCUGCCCCUGUACAAGUACAUCGCCACCUUGGCGGGCACCCCCACUGACAAGAUGGUGAUGCCUGUCCCCUUCUUCAACGUCAUCAACGGCGGUUCCCACGCGGGAAACAAGCUCGCCAUGCAGGAGUUCAUGAUCGCCCCCGUCGGCGCAUCCACCAUCCACGAGGCCAUUCAAAUUGGUGCUGAGGUGUACCACAACCUCAAGAACGUCAUCAAGAAGAAGUACGGCCUGGACGCCACCAACGUCGGUGACGAAGGUGGGUUCGCCCCGAACAUCAGCGGCGCUACGGAGGCCCUGGACCUGUUGAUGGAAGCCAUCAAGGUGUCCGGCCAUGAAGGAAAGGUCAAGAUCGCCGCCGACGUUGCAGCCUCCGAGUUCUUCCUCCAGGAGGAGAAGGUUUACGACUUGGACUUCAAAGUCCCCGACAACGACAAAUCUCAGCGCAAGUCGGGGGAGGAGCUCCGCAAGUUGUACAAGGAGUUGUCCGAGAAGUACCCCAUCGUGUCCAUUGAGGACCCGUUUGACCAGGAUGACUUCCACAGCUACUCCCAGCUCACCAGCGAGGUCGGCGAAAAGGUCCAGAUCGUCGGUGACGAUCUCCUGGUCACCAACCCCACCCGCAUUGCCAAGGCCGUCGAGGAGAAGGCAUGCAACGGUCUGUUGCUGAAGGUCAACCAGAUCGGCACAGUCAGCGAGUCCAUCGAGGCCUGCCAGCUCGCCCAGAAGAACAACUGGGGCGUCAUGGUCUCCCACCGAUCCGGCGAGACUGAAGACUCCUUCAUUGCGGACCUGGUUGUCGGUCUCCGCACCGGGCAAAUCAAGACGGGUGCUCCCUGCAGAUCCGAGCGUCUCUGCAAGUACAACCAGCUGAUGCGCAUUGAGGAGUCUCUCGGCUCCGACUGCCAGUACGCUGGCGCUAGCUUCCGCCAUCUUAACUAA